GCUCGCCACUCGACGGCGAUCCGCAGCUCGGAGGGGUCUGCUGCUGUGUUCCACAAAAAGGCAGAAGUCCGUUUCUUGGCUCUCCGUACCAGCAGCGGUGGCCUUCCGAGGUCUCGCUGCUGCGGGAAGCGUAGCGGCACUUCAGGCGAGUUUAGGAAGCAAGCAAGCUUCGAGAUUGAAGCAGCUCGAUGCCCAGAUGUGGUUGUGGCACAAAUAGACCCAAAAAAAUUGAGAAAGAAGCAGACAGUAAACGUUUCAAUUUCUGGAUGUCAGCCUGCUCCUGAAGGAUACUCUCCAACACUCAAGUGGCAGCAGCAGCAAGUGGCCAAUUUCUCAGCCGUUCGUCAGAGCCUGAACAAGCACAGAAAGCACUGGCGGUCACAACAUUUGGACAGCAAUGUUACUAUGCCAACAUCAGAGGAUGAAGAAGGCUGGAAGAAGUUCUGCCUGGGUGAAAGAGUAUACUCAGAAAUAGAGGCAGUAUCUGAUAAUGAACAUCUAGGAAUUGAUUACAUAAAG